UAUCCCAACGUUACAGAAAUAUCUGGACCUGAUCGAUGUCAUGGCAUACAACUACCACGGCAAAUGGCAGCCCUUCACGGGCCACGUGGCGCCAAUGUACGCGUCCCACCUGGACAUACAGCACGGCAACGGUUAUCAGUUCUACAAUGUGAACUACACCAUCCACCACUAUUUGGAGGGCGGUGCCGACCCCUCCAAGGUUGUCGUGGGCAUUCCCUUCCACGGGAACGGCUUCAGUCUGCAGAGCCCUGGUCAGCACGGCCUGUACGCGCCCGUCAGCGGCCCCAUGCCUCGCUGUCCGUACACGAGACAGGCCGGGGACUGCGGCUUCAACGAGCUGUGCGAGCUGUACUUCACCAAGCCCGGCUGGACGCACGUACACGAUGACGAGCAGAAGACCAUCUACAGCUACACAGACGAGGUCUGGAUCGGCUACGAUAACCUCGAAACCAUCAGGCUGAAGUCGGAGUUUAUCCGGCGCACCGGCCUGGCCGGCGCCAUGGUGUGGGCGAUAGACCUGGACGACUCGCGUGGCGUCUGCAACCUCGGCUCCAAGUUCGCCCUGCUGACGGAGCUGUGGCACCAGAUGAACGGCGAGCUGCCCUCCACCACCCCUGGCCCGACCACGGUGUCAGCUCCCGCGGACCAGGAGCGUGAACACCAUGGCCCGAACUCCGAGCCGGACGAGCUGUGGUAGCCGAAAUGCUACACACAUGGGAAGGCAAUCAGUUUACUUUGUGGAGAUGGGGCCAUCUUUAUCGGAUCAAGCUCGUCUGCACUUAGCCAGGAGGCCGAAAGGAGUAAAGAAAUAAAAAAGGAACGCUGCAGCGCCACCUGCUGCCCGGCGAGCACAGCGACAUCUGCCAACCUCCAAGCCUUUUGGAGCCCCGAGCAGGGUCCUCCCGAACCAUUCGCCAGCGAACUCUUCAUGGGUGCGUCGCGCCGCCGCCACCCCCCUCCCAUCUGGCUGCAGUUGACAGAUCCUGGGAAGAUCGAGCGUCUCCAUUUAGUACUAUUGCAGUCUCCCGACGCAAUGUGACACUCCUGGGAAGACGAA